AUGAGGUUUUCGAACUUCAAAGUUAAACCGUUCGGAGUCGUUCAUGGAGCGGUGAAAUGUGAACCGAUCUGUGACAGGUUUCGAUCUCCACCAAGGCCAUUAAAACUCACCACACCUCCAUCUCUCAACAACAACAACAACGACAACAACGACAAAAGCUCAGCAAUCCAGCAAAAGCUCGUCGAGAUGAUGAGGCCGUUCGGGGUUUCCCAGGGGCUCAAGCGACCGGAGAUAUUGUAUGGACGAACUGGAGCGUGGUGGAUGAGGCCUGGAUAUCCGCAAAGAAGAAGAAGAAGAAGAAGCCAAUCAAUCAGCGCGCCGUUUUCGUCCUGCUCGAGUCUCCAGUAUGCGCCCUAUUUCGACAGCCAUCAGUUCGUCAGUAGACUCGAGAAGGAGGGUCUUUCGCCGGCCCAGGCCGAGGGCUUGAUGGUCGCCAUCGAACAAGUCAUCGACGAAUCGAUGAAGAACUUGAUCACCGGCUUGGUCACUCGAAGCGAAAUGGAAAAACAACAAUACACCCAACGAGUCGACUUCGCUAAGUUGAAAUCGGAAAUCCAGUUGGUCGAGAAACAGGACUUCGCGUUACUGAAGUCGGAGAACGAACGCUUGAUCAGUGAAUUAGAGAAGCUGAAACAAAGACUGAGAGAAGAAAUCACACGGACGCAAGCCUCGGUGCGCUUAGAUCUGAACCUCGAGAAGGGCCGGAUCCGGGACGAAUUGGGGGUCCGAGAGCUGAAGAUAAGGGAGGUGGAUACCCGGAUCGAGGGGGAGAUAGGAAACCUACGGACGACGAUGGAAAGCGUCAAGUUCAACAUAUUGCAGUAUGUUGUCGGGACAGUCGCGUCUGGCGGCGCUCUGCUCUUGGCGUACAUCAGAAUGUUUCGGUAAUCGAGAGAUGUGGUGGUUCAUAGAGCAGGAAAAGCGGCGGGCCCGGUUGUGCAUACACAAUCAUAAUAUAUACCUUCAAUCAUUUUUCCUUUCUCUUCAUCGUUCAGUCUAAUUUGGCACAUGGUAUCAAGACGUGUAAUCAUUCAGUCUCCCUUUUUAUUUUAUCAUCUUUUCUUCGUUUUCUAGACUUGUGUAAAUGUACAUAAUUCACUCAUCUUAUCAUUAUGACACAUAUGCUCCAAUUCGUUCUGUGGGACUGACAAAUUAGUUGAAUACAUAGAUACGCUGAACUAUGAGAACACAUCUGUUGACUAUCUAAAAUGUGGCCAAGAAAAGGCCGUAGCCAGACCAGACUGCAAGAAGCAUCCGUGCCCGAUCUUCGAGUAGUUUUUUUUGCUGAUGAUUAUUUUUGUUUCAUUUUGAAUCAUGAUGUUAUUAC